AUGGUUCAUGGGAAGAAGUUGGCCAAGGAGACGCUGCUGCCUUCUCUGCUGGAAGACGAUGAUGCAGAAACAGAAAGUAGCUUUGAGGAGUCACGGUGUCUUACUUUCUCAUUCUCUAUCCAGCAAAGAGUGUGCCGGACAGAGGUCGACGUGCGUGGGCCAAAGGACCAAUGCUCGAGUCCUGGCGGGAUAGUGCUAGACGGAGGUGAAAGAGAGGGUGAAGAGGAGGAAAAUGAAGAGGAGGAGCUGAGACGAGAAGAGUGUGCUAUAUCUAAUGAGGACUACGACACAGACUUGGAGCUCGGAGAUAAAGAGGAGGCGUAUGAUCCGACGGGCUACAUGGAGGCGUGUGAAGCGUUACAGGUGGUGCCUGCCUCUAACUUCCUGCGGCACAUGCACAAUAGCGAGCUGUCCAUGAUGCACCGCGGUCUGGGGCCUCAGGGCACCAAAGCACUGGCAGUUCCCCUGGUAACCAACACUUCAAUACUGAGGCUGAACCUGCGAGAUAAUUGGAUGGAAGGAAUGGGCGGAGCUGCUAUAGCCGAAAUGUUAAAGGAAAAUUGUUACAUUACAGAAGUGGACCUAUCCGACAACAAUCUUGGGGAUUAUGGGGCCAGAGCCAUUUCUGGUAUGCUUAAAGAGAACAGCACCCUGGUGAACCUCAAUCUGUCAGGAAACCAUUUCACAGACCGGUCUGCUGAACACCUCGGUCCAGCACUGAUCACCAACUCUCAGCUACAGAACCUCGACCUCAGCCACAACGCUCUGGGAGAGCGUGCAGGGCAAAACCUGGGACACUCUCUGUCAGAGAAUACAGGGUUGAGAUCACUGAGUCUGGCCUGGAACAGCAUUCGAGGCAGAGGAGCUGUGAUAUUGGCCAAUGGCCUUGGGGGAAACAUUUUCCUCAGAACUUUGGAUCUGUCAUUUAAUGGCUUUGGUAAAGAAGGAGCCAUUGCUUUAGGUCAGGCUCUGAAAGAGAACAGCGUUUUGGAGGAGUUGAAUGUGAGUAACAACCGAAUACCCCCUGAAGGAGCUAUCCACCUGGCCAUGGGCCUCAAAGUAAACAAGACAAUCAAAUCCCUGAAUAUGGGUAGGAAUCCCAUCCAGAAUGCUGGGUGCUAUGGGAUCCUCAAGUCUGUACAGGAAAACUCACAUUCAGCCAUGGAAAUAAUAUCGUUUUCGGACAUCACAGUGAACCAAGAUUUUGAAGAUUUGUAUACGGCAGUGAAAGAAAUAUUCCCUGCGCUUACAGUAAAUCACGGAGGCAGAAUUGGCACAUUCAGAAAAGUAAAAGCUUGAAAAGUGUUACUGUAAUUGAUGUACUUUUAUGCCAUAAAAGAUGGGAGAAGUCUUGUCAAAGCCCUGCGGACGUUUUCAUCGACAGAUGGAUGCAUGCAGGGGAUAUCAUUUACAAAAGAUGUAAAACAUUUCAAAGACCCAUGAGAGCAUAUUCCUCUGAAUUAAAUGUAUUUGUAUGAAAUAAAAC